GUACGCACCCUCCGUACUCAUGUCGCCUCUUUUGGCCUUUCGUUCAGCGUCUUGGCUGGCCCUUGCUGGGAUUCUUCGGAGGCACUUUGGAGGCACAUGUUCCAGAAGAGGGAAUGACUGCAUGGCUGCAAGAUUUUCAGGCUAUGGCACAGGAACCCCGCGUCCAGUUCGCCGCAAUUGCCCCCUUCCUCGCAGAAAAGAUGCGCUUUCAGUCUGGGGUCGACAUUCCAGCUUCUCGUGGAUUCGGCUUCCAUGUCAUCGAGCAGGGCGGCAGCUACUUCCCAAGGAGGUGGGAUGAAGUGCUGCUGUGGAAGGGCAGCAGUGAAUGCGCUGACAAUGAGGAAGCUUUCAACGACGCCAUCAGCGCAGUCUCCAAGUCGGUAUCGCAAG